GUUCUCGGCUCUCAGCACUGACGUCGACAGGGUAACCUAGACUACUAACCUGUUCCCAUCGCUUGCUCCUCUUCUGACGUCAGGAGUGAUGAAUCAUAUAUCAAGACACUGCAGAGUCAAGACAUCGCUUCUCCAUCUCUCCGCAUCAAUCAUAAUCAUGGCUCCACCGAAGCGCGCUCUCAUCGCCGUCACAUCCGCCCACGCCCCGCUGUACCCCGAUGGCAAGGAGACAGGUCUCUUCAUCACCGAGGCACUGCACCCCUUCGAGGUCUUCCGGAAGGCGGGUUUCGAGGUUGACCUCGCCUCCGAGACGGGCUCCUACUCCCCCGACUGGCUGAGCAUGACCGACGACUGGCUCAAGCCCGAGGAGCGCAAGGUGUACGAGGACAAGAACUCCGAGUUCCGCCGCAAGCUCGACAACCUUCACAAGCCUACGGACCUCAACCCCGCCGACUACGGCAUCUUCUUCGCGUCCGCCGGCCACGCGAGCCUUAUCGACUACCCCGAGGCCAAUGGACUGCAGAGCUUUGCGUCAGCGCUGUGGGAGGACGGUGGCAUCGUCUCAGCCGUGUGCCAUGGUGGCGCGAUCUUCACUGGUGUCGUCGACGGUCAUGGCGUGCCGAUCAUCAAGGGGCGUAAGGUCACCGGCUUCACGACCAAGGGCGAGGAGGAGGAGGGUGUGCUCGACACCAUCAAGAGCUGGAACCGGCCAACUAUCGAGGCGUCGGCGGCCGACCUCGGUGCCCACUACGUCUCGCCGCCUGGGCCUUGGGACUCGUUUACCCAGACCGACGGCAGGCUCGUCACGGGUGCUAACCCCGCUAGCGCAACCGCCACGGCGGAGGCCGCCGUUGAGGCGUUCAACAAGCUGCAGUAGUUCCCCACUGUAAAAUCAAUGUAUAGUAUUGCCCG